GGGUUGGGAACUGUGAGGAAUGCCGUGGCGAUCUCGUCCCGUCUCGUUCGUCUGGUCUGGUGUGCUCCGUUUAGAGAUGCGCUACGUUUCUAGGUUAAUCGAGCGCUCAACGUCGGUCAGCCCCCCCUUGGCGAGAGUCAGUAUCGAAUCAACCACCAGACAUGGCGCCGCUAGUGUUUCGAGUGUCGAUCGUGACACUGUUAGUCUGCGCGACGGUGCAAAUCAACGCCCGGGAACUGGAGGCAAAGGAUUGGUACGAGCACGCCACCUUCUACCAGAUCUAUCCACGCUCCUUCAAGGAUAGUGAUGGUGACGGUAUCGGUGACCUGAAGGGCAUCACCUCGAAGCUGGAGUAUCUGGCAGGUCUUGGUAUUGAUGCGACCUGGUUGAGUCCACCGUUUAAGUCGCCGUUGCGCGACUUCGGCUACGAUGUGUCCGACUUCUACAGCAUACAGCCCGAGUACGGUACGGUGGCCGACAUGGAGGAGCUGAUCGAGGAAGCGCACCGCCAUGGCAUUAAGCUGAUGCUGGACUUUAUCCCGAACCACAGCAGUGACGAGCAUCAGUGGUUCAUCGAGUCGGCCAAGGGCAACCAAACGUACCGAGAUUAUUACGUAUGGCAUCCGGGGCGGACGAAUGCGGUGACCGGUGUCCGGGAACCGCCGAACAACUGGAUUUCCGUGUUCGGUGGUUCGGCUUGGAAGUUCCACGAGGGGCGCGGUGAGUAUUACCUGCACCAGUUCACGGAUAAGCAGCCGGAUCUGAACUACCGUAAUCCGGUGUUGCUGGGAGAGAUGACGGCCAUGUUGAGCUUCUGGUUGGACAAGGGUGUCGAUGGGUUCCGGCUCGAUGCAAUCAACCACAUGUUUGAGGAUGCUCAGCUGCGUGACGAGCCACCUGGAUGGGGGCCUCCCGAUUCGUACGAUGUACUCGAUCACAUUUACACCAAGGACAUUCCUGAUACGUACGACGUUGUCUACGGUUGGCGGCAACUGUGUGAGGAGUAUGGUCGCCAGAAGGGCAAGACGAUUAUCCUGAUGACGGAGGCGUACGCGUCGAUUGAGAAUACGAUGCGGUACUAUGAGGAGUCACCGGGCGGACGGCAAGGUGCCCAUAUGCCCUUCAACUUCCAGCUUAUCUACGACUUUAAGAGUGAUCAGAAUGCGAUUGGAUUGAAGGAAUCGAUUGACUUCUGGUUGAACCAUAUGCCGGCCCGCCAUACACCGAGCUGGGUAGCGGGAUCACAUGAUCACUCCCGAGCUGCUACUCGUGUUGGGUUGGUCAAGGUUGAUCAGCUGCUUACCCUGCUCCACACGCUUCCCGGAACUAGUAUCACCUACUACGGAGAAGAGAUCGGUAUGCUGGACUACAGCGCAGCCGAGCAGUUCGACAACCGCGAUCCGAACCGCACACCGAUGCAGUGGGAUAUUACGAUAUCGUCUGGAUUUAGUACGAACCGUACCACCUGGCUACCGAUGCAUCCGGACUAUCCGACGCGCAACGUCGCCAUGCAGGAGUCGGCGGAGAAGAGCAGCCUCAAGCACUUCCGUACAUUGACGAAGCUGCGGCGCCAUCAAACCAUGAUCGAUGGAGACUUCAUGCACCGGACGGUCGGUCGCGAUGUGUACGCCUUCAGUCGCGAUCUGCACGGUGAGGAUUCGUUCGUGACGGUACUCAAUAUGGCCGCCGAGGGCCGUACGGUGGAUCUAGGGGACUUUGUGAACCUACCAGCCUCGCUACUGGUGGAGAUCGCGCAACCAAACUCCAACUAUAAGGCAGGCGAUGAAGUGCCCAUCCACCAGGUGAAGUUGUUGGCACACGAUUCCAUCGUACUGCGUGGAGUGGCGUCCGGUUCCGCUACCGUUCGCCUUUCGAUGGCUGUCGCCAUCUUGGCGUUUGUGAAAAAUGUUUUGUCUUAAAUCAGCAGCAACAGCAGGUGUCACUAUGCGACAAUAAAAAAAGGAAUACACAAAGGAAAUGCAAAAGACACUCGGAGCUAGACAGUAUUUGUAGGUGCUUUCCAAGAAUCCAGACACCGGAGAAUGGCACAAAGUUUUCCGAAACAACUGGAUUGGAUUGUGAAUUUGAUUAAACAUUUAAUUUCCCGUCGUU